AAGCUGCACUAGCAGAAAGAUGGGGAGGUUUAAGUUGAAUGUUUUGGCGUUUGUAUUACUUUUUGUGGGGAAGUUUAACACACUAGCCCUUCAGGAUGUAACGGUCGACCUUUUCGGUGCUGAAAACCACGGGACUGUGGCGGCGUUUGGAGACUUGAACUCGGAUAAACAGACAGACAUCUUCAUCAUCAGAGAGCCGUCUGAACUGGUGAUAUUCCUGGCUGACCCGAAAGCACCUUAUUUCAAGCCCAAAGUUCACAUCACUAACGACAUUUUACCCGGCCCCAUCACCAGUGUGGUUCCUGGUGACUAUGAUGGAGACUCGCAGAUGGAUGUACUUCUCACAACUCAGACCGUCGCCAAGAUGGUGUCUGUUUAUAUUUUCUGGGGGAACAACCAGACAUUAGAUGUGGGCGGAUGGCUGAAGCUGAACAAGACCUUUAAAGAUCAGCCUCUCGUUAUGGAUUUCAAUGGGGACUUGAUCCCGGAUAUUUUUGGAGAAACCACCCAGUCAUCCAUUGAAGUCUGCUAUCUCUCCAACAGAAAUCCAGUGUGGCAGAAUGCAUUGACUUCAUCUGUCAGCAUGCGCAUCCCUCACUCUAACGCUUUCAUUGACCUCAACAUGGACUUCACUGCCGAUUUAUUCCUGACAACCGAAGGGUCCAAGUUUGAGACGUGGAUCAGCAAGGAUGGGAACUUCACCAAAUCGGACAUCUUUAAUGCAGAGCCGCCAGUCAAGAACAUCGGACAGUCCUCCUUUGUAGAUUUUGAUGGCGAUGGCAAGCAGGACCACCUCCUCCCCGUGUGUUUGGACGACGCCUGUCAGCGCAGUGCCAUCUACCUGGCCAAGUCGGGCUUGAAAGAGUGGGUACCUGUGCUGUCAGAGUUCCAGCAGAGGGAUACAGUAUGGAGCUUUGUGCCAGGGAAACCCAACCAGCCCUUGGCCCUGCACCUCGGGGACUACAACCUGGAUGGCUUCCCUGAUGCCCUGGUGGUCCUCCGCAACACUAGUGGCAGCGGUCAGCAGGCCUUCCUGUUGGAGAACGUACCCUGCAACGACCCCAAAUGUCAGAGCAUAGGGAGAAUGUUCCACAUCCACUGGGACCAGUCAGAUUUGGGCGCCAUCCCAAAUGCCGUCAUGGCAACGUUCUUUGACAUCUAUGAGGAUGGUAUAUUAGACAUGCUGGUUCUAAGCCAGGCAGAGGACAAAAAAGACUUGAUCAUCCAUGCUUUGAAGAACAAUUUUGAAGCUGAUGCCUACUUCGUUAAAGUGAUGGUGCUCAGCGGCCUCUGCUCCAACGACUGUCCGGACGACGUCAAGCCUUUUGGUGUUAAUCAGCCAGGUCCUUAUGUCAUGUACACCACAGUGGACUCCAACGGCUACCUGAAAAACGCCUCAGCCGGUCAGUUGAGCCAGUCUGCUCACUUUUCACUCCAGCUUCCGUACACCGUGCUGGGCCUCGGACGCAGCGCCAACUUCCUGGAUCACCUUUUCGUUGGCAUCCCACGGCAACCAGGAGAGACGGACAUUAGGAAGCAGGAGUGGACGGCCAUCAUCCCCAACUCUCAGCUCAUCGUCAUCCCCUACCCGCACAAUAGACCCCGCAGCUGGAGCGCUAAGUUAUACCUGACUCCUAGCAGCAGCGUGUUGCUGACGGCCAUCGCUCUGAUCGGAGUGUGCGUCUUCAUCCUCGUCAUCAUCGGUAUCCUCCACUGGCAAGAGAAGAAAGCAGAUGACCGAGAGAAGAGGCAGGAAGCCCACCGUUUCCAUUUCGAUGCCAUGUGAAGGAAGACAACCGCAUCAUGGGAGAAUGUCCUCUCCUGCCAGCCACCUAACACCCUUCACAUCUAUACACACACACACACACACACACAUACACACACAUACACACACAGAUUUACACUCAGUCUCAUUUCAAGGGCCAAUAAAUGGAUCCUCAUUUGCCCCAAAAUGGUUCUUUUUGAUAUUUUUCAGUCCUCGAGUCAGAUGUGAAAUAUUCAUGUCCCAUUUCAUUUAUUCAUUCCAGUGUUAGAAGUACAGGAGCUGCAACAAGGCCAUGGAGACACGGAGGGAAAAUCUAAUGUAGAUCACUGACGAGUUUUAAAGCUGAGAUUUCUCAGGACUGACUAUAGUCAGCAUCGUGAUCCUCACUGGUUGUAUUAAACUAUUUCUAACAAAAUGACACAGAUUCCUGUUAAUACGCCCAAUAAGCCACUCCAAUAUUCUAAGCUCUUUGUUUAUAUCUGCUCACUGGAAGAGAAGCACAUGUGUGGAAAUGUGCUACUUGUGUUACUUGAAAUGAAUGUGCGUGUUACUGUUCAUUGUCUUUGUGUAGUCGAUCCACCUCUGUCUGAGCAAGUGUAAUGAAAAACCUUCAGACUGUAUUACCUGUAAAAUGAAAGAAAUUUGAAUCUCUCUGAUAUCGAUCUCUGCAAGAAAAUGGACACAUGCGACAAUAAUUCAGCGGAACGUUUUUCUGCUACCAAUCUCAUCAAAAAUGAUUAAUGGUCUUCAGGUCGGCUGAAAUUCAUCUUUUCUCUCAGUUGAUCACAGUAUCACAGUGUGUCACGGAGAGUGCCAAAAAAAGAGGAAUUUCUAUGUUGCAUCUUGUAAGUUUCUGUGUUGGCUGCAUCAAAGCUCAGCAAACAUGCUCGUCCUGCUGAAUAAUGUGAAUAAUGCGCAAUUCACCCCAGCUUGUUUAGAGAUGUUCUUUGUUUUCAUUGACUUUUUUAAAAUCUAAUUGGGCCGAACGCUCUGUCUGGUUUGUUCCGAUGUUUAUUUUACAUGAAUGAGCUCACACCUUUCCAAGCGGUUUGCACUUUUUUUAAAACUAAUGAUUAACUGUGGGUGUAUGUAAUUUAUUUUAUUCUGUGAAUUUGAUUUGCAAAUGAAUGUUCGAGCAACUAAAUGUGUUUACUUACUGAAGUUGAGAAUAAAGGUUCUUCCUG